UCCGCUGGGUCCGCAUCGAGCCUGCAGGAGGCCGCAAAAUGGACCUGUCAGACUACAAAACGGGAACGCCACCUCGAGGUGGUCAAGACGAAAAUGCCGUCCCGACAUCGUCAAGGAAUCGCUUCCGCGUUCUGGGAAGGCUUCGACCGCGGCUUCCAGCGAUGCUGCACUUCGACAAGGAGCAGCCGCACAAGAGGAAGCGAAAGAAGUUGGCUGCCUUUUACGACGUCCACGAGCAGCCAAUUCUUAUGUUGGCCUUUCUUCUGAGCCUGCAGCACUACAUGACGGUGCAAAGCAUGACGGUGCUCCAGCCCAAGGCACUGUCCGAGUUCCUGUGCACGGACGCGGACAACCCGGCCAUCGGGCUGCUGGUGGGCUCCACCUCCUUCAUCUCGGGCAUCGGCACGCUUGUCCAGACCACCGCUGGAGUCAGGCUUCCCGUAAUCCAGAGUGGCGCCUUGGCCCUAGCAUCACCCGCCCUCGCCGAGCUGAAGUUUGACAGCAACCCGUGCCCGGCGAACAGCACAUACGACGACGGGGCAUGGGUGACAAAGCUCCUCGAAGUACGCCUCAACCUAUUUCAUUGCGAUGUCAAUUGCUGCUUGAAAACCCGGUCUGCAAUGGUGCAGGGUAACGGCCAUCUCUCAUCAUCCAAGCAGUCCUAG